AUGACUGAGAGAGUCAUUCUUUCUCAACAGGUUAUGAGCCCGGCUUACGCGCUUGCGUGUGCAUUACACUGGGCCGUCGCCCUGGCUACCGCGAAGGGUAUUAAGUCCGAAGAAAAAUGGACUAUCGUCCGGAGAAGCUGGGAGCGUCUCGAAGAUACCUUGGGCGAGUUAUACCCAAUUCCGACGCGCGAGUCGAAGAGAGCAAUGGUUGCUCUAUCCCUUUUCAACCAACCUUUUGACAACGAUUCGAAUACCUACCUACCGACGGUAACCAUCGAUUCUUCCGAAAACAACUCGAAUUGCCUGCCUAUCGAUAGUAACCUUUCGAGACCUUCUUUUUAAACUAGUAGCUACAGUUCGACAGCUACUUUCAAUUCCUUAAACUCGAAAACCUACCGUUUGACGGUGCUCGAAGUUUUUUUACUCUCUCGAACGCUACCCACCUACCCCCACCCGAUUUCUCGAUCGAUUUUUAUCUUCUUUCCAAAGGAUUUCGUUAAAUAAACGCAAAGAAGCAAAGGCUUAUAUAACGAUGGGGGAGAAUAAGGGUGUUAGGGUCUGGAGCCCUGAAUAGGACACAGACAAGGAGGCAGGAGCGGAGGAACGGAGCGGGGACAACAAGAGAGGAGAGCGUACAUAGCUAGAGUACUGGGAGUACUAAGCUAGGGGAGCGCUAGGAUAGAGGAGAGCGUACACAGCUAGAGUACUGGGAGUACCAAGCUGGGGGAGCGCUGGGACAGAGGAGAGCGUACACAGCUAGAGUACUGGGAGUACCAAGCUGAGGGAGCGCUGACUCUCACGUAGGAGUCGAGGGAGAGUCGGUAUGUUGGUGAUAUCGAUUCUACCUUGAUUUUCAAA